AUGAAUACUGCAUCAGCAAAUAUGGGUGCAAUUGAUGAGCCUGGAUCAUCUACCUCAUACCAUAGAAUGGUCCUUGACGCUGCUGGCCCCUCAUUCGAUCCGAGUGAUAUGGAUGAAUUGUCGAACCCUGAUGCGCAGAAAUUUUAUGAUAUGAUUGAUUCUGCAAAUCAAGAGGUGUGGCCUGGCUGUGAAACACAUUCUCAAUUGUCAGCUGUUGCACGUUUGUUGCAUAUCAAGUCUGAACACCAUUUGUCUGAUAGAUGUUUUGAUGAUAUUUGUCAAUAUGUGAAUGAGAUGAUUCCUCCUGAUAACUUGAUGCCAAAAAAUUUCUAUGAAACUAAGAAGUUAAUGCAGGGAAUGAACAUGCCAGUAAAAAAAAUUCACAGUUGUAUUAAUGCCUGUAUGAUUUAUUGGGGAGAAGACGGUGAACUUAGCCAUUGCAAGUUUUGUCGUCAUCCCAGGUACAAGCCUACUAGGCAAAUAUCUAAUUCAAAGAGAAAUCUUGUACCAUUCAAACAGAUGUUAUACUUUCCCCUUACUCCAUGGUUGCAACGCUUAUAUGCUUCCGACAUGACUGCUGCACAUAUGCGAUGGCAUGCCGAGCAUGAAGUUGAGGAAGGUGUGAUGCGUCACUGUUCAGAUGCACCCGCAUGGAAACACUUUGAUAAGAUGCAUCCAUCUUUUGCAGCUGAAAGUCGUAAUGUCAGAUUGGGGCUAUGCACAGAUGGUUUUCAACCAUUUGGACAAACAGGUCAACAAUAUUCAUCUUGGCCAAUAGUUGUGACACCAUACAACUUGCCGCCUUGGAUGUGUAUGAAAGAGUCCUAUUUGUUUUUGUCAGUUAUAGUUCCUGGGCCAAAGAAUCCUAAGCAAAAACUUGAUGUUUUCUUGCAGCCUUUGAUUGCUGAACUAAAAAAUCUGUGGAGUAUAGGUGUGGACACAUAUGAUAUCUCUAAGAAGCAAAAUUUUAACAUGCGAGCUGCUUUGAUGUGGACAGUCAGUGAUUUUCCUGCAUAUUCGAUGUUGUCUGGGUGGGGUAAUGCGGGUAGGCUAGCAUGUCCAUAUUGCAUGGAGAAUUCAGAUGCUUUUACUUUGACAAAAGGUGGCAAACAGUCCUGGUUUGACAAUCAUCGUCCAUACAGAAUUAAUAGAAAUUCAUUGAGAAAGAACAAAGUAGUCACAACGCAUCCUCCCCCAAUACGGUCUGGUGAUGAUAUCUUGAAGGAGAUAAAUCAAUUGGGGUUGAAAAAGGUAACAGAACUUGGGGCUGAUAUUGUUAAUGGCAAAAUUAGCAAGUUUUCUGGUUGGAAGAAAAGAAGCAUAUUUUGGGAUUUACCAUAUUGGAGUACAAAUCUCAUUCGGCACAAUCUAGAUGUUAUGCACAUCGAGAAAAACUUUUUCGAGAAUGUGUUCAAUACAGUGCUAGAUGUAGAUGGUAAAACAAAAGAUAAUCCUAAAUCUAGAGAAGACUUGAAAGAGUUUUGUUGA